GCCAAUCAGAAGGAGGGAAGUGGCGGUGACGUCCUACGUGUACUACAAUGAACAUGGCGUUACGGGAGCUAUCGUCGCUCGAGAAAUAUUUAGGACUGAAAAAGCCCAACAAAUACAGUACCCGAGGGGACAAAAAGGUCCCUCUGCUACAGACUAACAAUGGUCAACCCAUGGUGGGUCUGGUUACUAUUGCUUGCCACCUGGUGAAAGAGGCCAAGCGUCCUGAGCUGCUUGGGUGCACCGCAGAGGACAGAGCAGUGGUGCAUCAGUGGCUUGAGUACAGAGUGAGCAAGCUGGACAGCUGCAGUAAGGAAGACAGCAGAACAAUAUUGAAGGACCUCAACCUCUACUUACAAGACAAAGUUUGCAUGGCUGGAAACCACUUCACCUUAGCAGAUGUGCUCAUCUACAAUGGAAUCCACCCAAUAAUAGUGGACUUAACCUUCCAGGAGAAGGAGCAGUACAUGAACGUGACACGAUGGUUCGACCACAUCCAGCAUUGCGCCGGCAUUCGACACCACCUCCCCCCAGUAGUUGUGCUCAGGAACAGAAUUUACACCAGUAAACACCACUGACGCCCCGCUGUUAAGUAUCAGAUGCUCCAAGUCGUAGCUCCUCAUACCAAAUUAUUUGGAAUUUUUUUUAACCAGUAUUAAGACCAAGACAUACUGUAUGUUGUUGAAGAGAUACUCAUUGUUUCACAGGAUUAAGUCCAACUAAUAAACUCGGUCAAUCCCCACUUGUCUUUUUAGUGUUUGUUGUAUCAUUGACUGUUGAAACCCUGCUGAUUUCUUUUUAAUGCAUGUGGUGUGUUUUUAAGCGGUGAAGGAAUCCGACCUUUUAGCCAGAUUGCCGGAAUCACGCCAGGCAAACCGCCGGACCCGCGCUGAUGCAGCUCCAACGACACGGACCGGUGAAACCCCCGAAAACCCGGCCAAAAGGCCAAACUCUGCGGGGUCACCUUAGUCUUAACCCCUCGUACUGACUCAAUAUUGAAAGCUGGAAAAAAAGUCUUCGAAACACAAGUAUUUUGAGUCGACAGCAAUCAUACAGCACUUGCCUUGAUGUCUGAGAGGCGCCAGGCUAUCAAACUUGGAGUUGUUUUUGUUAUCAGGUGAUGUGGUAGUACAGGACGUCCCACCAUUUGUUGUGGUAUGUCCUGAUUGUGGGAUUUGGUGUUGCAGACGUGGGCUUGUAGAUGUCUUGCCUAUCACCUGGUAGUACGGCAAUCUUGCUCGGUCAGCUGCAUGACACACGCAAUGGACUUCCGUGGUCAGAAGGCGUCAAUCCCCCCAGUGUUUGUUGUCUCAUUGAGUGUCGAAAUCAUGCUUUCUUUUUAAUGCAUGUGGUGUUUUUUUAAGCAGUGAAGGAAUCUGACCUUUUAGCCAGAUUGCCGGAAUCACACCAGCCGACUCGCGCUGACACGGCUCCAACGACCCAGGCCGGCGAAACUCGGGCAACCCCGCCAAAAGGCCAAACUGUUGUAUCAUUGUCGAAAUCCUGCUUUCUUUUUAAUGCAUGUGGUGUUUUUUUAAGCGGUGAAGGAAUCCGACCUUUUAGCCACAUUGCCGGAAUCACGCCAGCCGACCCGCGCUGAUACAGCUCCAGCGACACAGGCCGGCAAAACUCCGACAACCCGGCCAAGAGGCCAAACUCCGAGCGUUCACCUUAGGUUUAACCCCUCGUACUGACUCCUUUUUGAAAGUUGGAAAAAGGCUUCGAUACACAAGUUGAGAAUUUAUACUGAGUCGACAGCAAUCAUAAAGCACAGAGAGACCUAGGCGAGGAUUCAGGGUCACUAUAUCACUAGUCAACAAAAGGUUACUGGGAAAAAAUCAAACGAUUAGUUAAACAUUCAGUCUUUUUUAAGGCUCCCGGGGGCGGGCCGUGGGCAGGAAGAGAGGUGUUGUUGGGCCGGACGAAGGGUGUGCCUGGGUGUUGUUGGAUAAUUCUUCUGUUGCAGAUUUGGGCGGUCAAGUUCGUGCGUCACCGUUCAUUGCUGGGUCAUGGUUACUGAGGCCACUGAGGUGGGAGGUUCGGCCCGUCGAGAUAUCAAACUUAGAGUUGUUUUUGUUAUCUGGUAUUGUGGUAGUACAAGACGUCCCGCCAUUUGUUCUGGACUGUCCUGAUGGCGGGAUUUGGUGUGGCAGAAGUGGGCUUGUAGAUUUCUUGCCUAUCACCUGGUAGUCACGUCAAUCUUGCUCAGUCAGCUGCAUGACGCACGCGUUGGGCUUCCGUGGUCAGAAGGCGUCAUGUAUCUCUUUAUGCCCUGUGUUGAAUAUAUUCUGCUUGUUUUCCUUAAACUAUGAUAUAAAUGUUAUUUAUUUUAUAUUGGGUAUGUUAGAGUAAUACAAGCAGUAAAACGGUAAAUACGAGAAAAGAGUAUCGUUGUGAAGUGGAAAAUCUAAAUGUGAGUAUAGAUGAUCUGGAUUCAGUCAGUUCCCUGUUAGUUUUGAUUUGUGUACAUUUUAAUGCUUUAAAAUUUGAAAUCACGUAUAUUUCACAAGACUCUAUUUUGAGUACGAUCGCAUCACCGCGCUCUUUCCCUUCUUCCUCAGUACCAGUUAUGUGGGCAGCGGCAGCAAGCAGUCGAGCAUCAGCCCCAGAGUCAAAAGAUCAGAACGAGGCUCCGCUCAAGUCCCAAUAAGCAUCACUGUUUAUGCUGCAGGCCAGGCAGAGGGCAGCGGGCUCACCAGCUGCCACACACAGCCAAGCAGCCAAGGCCCGAACCCGAGCCACCCUUGGGCGACAGUCAGCCACUGUGUGUCACUUCAGUCCUCAUACUACCACAGGGGGCUUCUAGAGAGAGAAGAAGGAAGAGGGAGGCAGGCAGCCAU